CCCAUCUCUACACUGCCUACACUUCACAAUAUUAUUCUCUGUUUUCAAUGUUCUUCUUCAUUUCCACCAUACAGCUCUCCACCAAUCUCAACAAAAAUGGCCGACAGAGUGUUCCCAUCCGCCAAGCCAAAUGGGAAUACCACAGACACUACCCACGGCGGCGCCUCCGCCGCAGCCGCGAAUGUACCGAAACCCAAGCUCCACAAUCCCAGCCGCAUCCCCUACCGGCCUGUACCGAUGGCCAACCGCAGAAUGGAACACCGCCGCUGUAGCUGCCGGAGAUUCUUUUGCCUCUGUUGUUUCUGGUCCAUCAUCACUCUCUGCACCCUCUUCCUCCUCGCCGCCAUCUUUGGCGCCACAUUUUACGUCAUCUACCGGCCGCAGCGCCCGGCGUUCUCCGUCUGGUCCUUGAAGAUUUCCCAAUUUAACCUCACCACCGCCCCCUCCGACGGAACCACUCGCCUCUCCACCAAGCUGAACCUCGCCUUGUCGGCCAAAAACCCCGACCCGAAAAUAGUCUACGCAUACGACCCGAUCGCCCUCACGGCGUACGCGGGUCAAGUCGCAAUAUCAAACGGGUCGUUUCCGGGUUUCGUCAGCAACCCGAACAACAUCACCGUGAUUCACUCGACAUUGUCUAUGCCGUCGCAGCUACUGGACGCGGAUUCUGUUUCGGGUCUGAAAUCGGAUUUGAGGAAGAAAAACGGGCUGCCCGUUAAGAUCUCGAUGGAUACGAUGGUCCUGGUGAAGCUGGAGAAGAUGAAGAGCAAAAAAGUUGGGAUCCGAAUCACUUGUGAAGGCAUACGUCUUCCGAUCCCGAAGGGUAAAGUUCCAGGGGUCGGUACAACUUCUAAUGCACAAUGUACGGUUGAUCUUAGAUUGACAAUCUGGAAAUGGACCUUCUAAUCUUAUCCUUUGUAUUAUUCUUUCUUCACUUAUUCACAGUAUAUUAAGGAUUGAUUUGAUCCUUUCACCAAAAACGGAAUUUGUUAGGUAAUGGGAUAUUAGAAAACAACUCAAAAAUAUCUGAUUUAAGGGCAUUGAAAUUUUUGAGUUACUUGUUAUUUGUAAAUUUGCAAUUACAAUUGGAUGAUAAUCAUUUAGCAAUAAAGCUAG